AGAAUCUUAACACUUGUACCUUUCCCUCACACAAACAUAAAUCGUCAUAUAUAUAUACACACGUGUGUGUGUAUAUAUGCACAUACACACACACAUAGCUCGUCUCGAAUAUUGCAGAUACUUCGGAAUAAUAAUAAAAAUAGCGCAAACACACAACUAUUCUGUGUAGUUUGUAUGUUUUAUUGAUGAUGAAUUUGUCGUCGUGUAACACGUACGGCAACCAACUGCUGUUUGCUGGAUGGAAUCAAGACCAGGGAUGCUUUGCAUGUGGUAUGGAAAGUGGUUUCCGGGUUUACAACACCGACCCUUUAAAAGAGAAAGAAAGGCAAGACUUCAAUGAUGGCGGAAUAGGUCACAUAGAAAUGCUGUUUCGUUGUAAUUAUCUUGCUCUUGUGGGUGGUGGAAAAAAUCCCAAAUAUCCACCAAACAAAGUUAUGGUAUGGGACGAUCUGAAAAAAAAACAUGUAAUUGAACUUGAAUUUUCUGCUGAAGUUCGAAGUGUCAGACUACGGAGAGAUCGAAUUGUUGUUGUUCUUGAUUCUCUUAUCAAAGUUUACACUUUUACUCAAAACCCACAGCAGCUACAUGUAUUUGAAACUUGUUCCAACCCUAAAGGACUGUGUGUCAUGUGUCCGAACAGUAACAACUCAUUGUUAGCAUUUCCUGGCCGUAAGACUGGACAUGUCCAGUUGGUGGACCUUGCUAAUACUGAGAAAACACCAUUAGAUAUUCCAGCACAUGAAGCAGCUCUCAGUUGCAUUGCAUUAAAUUUACAAGGCACCCGCCUAGGAACAGCAUCAGAGAAAGGAACGUUAAUUCGAGUAUUUGAUACGUCAGACUGUACACUGUUGCAUGAACUGCGACGUGGAGCCAACAAUGCUCAUAUAUACUGUUUAAACUUUAAUCAGGAUUCAACAUUAUUAUGUGUUUCAAGUGACCACGGUACUGUACACAUCUUUUCAUGUGAAGAUCCAAAGAAGAACAAGCAAUCAAGUUUAGCGUCAGCGAGUUUCUUGCCAAAAUAUUUUAGUUCAAAAUGGAGUUUUUCUAAAUUCCAAGUCCCUGGAGGUGCCACACAUUGCAUUUGUGCCUUUGGCUCUGACAAUAAUUCUGUGAUAGUUGUAUGUGCUGAUGGCAGUUAUUACAAGUUCUCGUUCAACACUAAAGGAGACUGCACCAGGGAAGUCUAUGCACAGUUCCUGGAAAUGACAGACGAUCGCUCAUAGUAUCUGCCGUCUUUGUUAUCUUGUUUCCUUCUCUUUUAUUUCUAUCUCUCUAUCCCUGCCCAACUCUGUCUCUCUCUCUCCCUCUCACAUCCAUUCUUUCUCUUCUACCAUCUACAUUUCUUGCUAAGGAAUACUUGAAGAGAAUGUCAUAUCAAAAGACACAUAUGAUGGUGCUUUAAUUACUGAUAACAAUUAUGGUUAUACAAACCAAAAGCAAAUUCCAUAUGGAAAAUGAAAGACAAGACACACAAAAACAACUUACCUAAAGAAGAAAUGCAGCUAAUAUAUUUCCAGACAUACUUCUUGUGUACCCAUGUAAAUAAAUAAUGGAAUAAAUAAAUCAUAAUACAUUUA